AUGGAUGACUUGAAACAUUUUCAGUUUCAUUGGAAGAUAGCUGAGCCUGUGAUUGUUAGCAAUGUGCUUGAAACUGCGUCUGGUUUAAGUUGGGAGCCAAUGGUCAUCUUCCGUCAGAUCAAACAUGAAAAACAUGGUAUGCUUUUGGAUGUAAAGGCAAUUGACUGUUUGGAUUGCUGUGAGGUAGAUAUUAAUGUCCAUAAAUUUGUUACCGGUUACACGGAAGGAAGAUUUGAUGACAUUGGGCCAAAGACAUACAUUGCUUAUGAAUUUCCUGAAGAGCUUGGGCGUGGAGAUUCUGUUACCAAGCUUCAUUGUGACAUGUCUGAUGCGAUACCACAAGCUUAG